GGCACACCACAGGAUAAAUUAGGAGUAUUGGCUCAAGUUCAUAGACUUCAUAUCAACAUCAGUGUCAGAUUGACCUGCAUGAAGAAGUCUGGCCUGGUUAUGUCACUAGUAUGUGUGCUUUAUUAGUCACACACGGAACACACAGGUUCUUGCUGUUCAUCCAGAGUCGUGUCCACUAGGUGGCAGCAGUGCACCUUUACGUUGGUUGUACAGAAGAAGAAGAAACCCGGAAGCUGCUAGCAGCGCUAGCUUGUUGUUCUGGUGUGUGAGGUGAAUGAAUAUUUGAGUCUCUGGGAGAGUUGAUCGGCUAAAGCGACUAACUGCUGCUGCUGCAGAAAUCUUCUCACCAGGCUGUGGAAACCUUCUUCUCCUCCUCAACAACUUGGUGGACUUUUUUCCAGAACCAGAGAAGAUAUUCUGCGGUCUUCGUGACAAUCGGAGCUCCAGAAGCAGCUGUUAGCUAAACACGGCUAAAGAAAACCUGCUACCACUUCAGGAUCAUCCAUCAGCUGGGACUGCUUCAUCAGCAUGGACACAGAUGUUCUCCAGAUGGUUAAAGAAGAAGCUUCUGAAGAUCAGAGUGCUGGUGUGGACCAGCAGCACCCAGAACAGUUCCACAUAAAGGAGGAACAGGAGGAACUCUGGACCAGUCUGGAAGGAGAGCAGCUCCUUUUGAAGAAGGAGACUAAUUCUGCCAGGUUUCCAUUCAUAUCAGUUUCUAUAAAAAGUGAGGAUGAUGAAGACAAACCUCUGGUCUUACAUCUUCUUUAUCAGCAGCAAAUAGAGGACAGAGAUGUUCCAACCAACAGCUCAGCUGACCAGACAACAGCAGAAACUGGCAGAGAAGCAGAAUCUAGCAGGAACCCAGUUCUGAACCCCGAUGAACACAUAUCUGAUUCUUCAGAGACUGAAGUUAGUGGAGAUGAUGUGAAUCUAAAUGUUGAGCUAUUAGACUCUAGUUCUGAAACUGGAGAUGGAGACAGUGACUGCAAUGAGAGCAGGUCUUCUGAGUCAGAUAUUAAGACUGUCAACAAAUCCUUUUGCUGCCUCGAGUGUGGUAAAGAGUUUCUCCACAAGUGGUCUCUCCAGAGACAUGAAAGAGUGACGAGCCAUUCAGCAAUAAGAUCUUCAGGAUGUGUGGUUAAUAAGAAAAAUGUUAGAGUAAAGCAACAUGUAGACUUUUGCAGGAAAGUCCAGAAUGAACCAAAAACAUUUAGUUGUGACAUUUGUCACAAUCAUAAUAAAAGUUUAAACAGACACAUGAGAGUCCACACAAGAGAGAAACCCUUUGCCUGUGAGCUCUGUGAACAAAGAUUUAGACGUAAAUUCACAUUAAACCGUCACAUGAGAGUCCACACAGGACAGAAACCGUUUGCGUGUGAGCUCUGUGAACAAAGAUUUAGCCAAAAAUCAACAUUGAACACUCACAUGAGAGUCCACACAGGACAGAAACCAUUUGCGUGUGAACUCUGUGGAAAAUGCUUUACUCUAAAGGGAAAUUUGAAUACUCACAUGAGAGUCCACACAGGACAGAAACCCUUUGUGUGUGAGCUAUGUGGACAAAGAUUUAGUUUUAAGCAAACAUUAAACAUACACAUGAGAGUCCACACAAGAGAGAAACCCUUUGCGUGUGAACUCUGUGAACAAAGAUUUAGUCAAAAAUCAACAUUAAACACUCACAUGAGAGUCCACACAGGACAGAAACCGUUUGUGUGUGAGCUAUGUGGAAAAAGCUUUACUCUAAAGACAAAUUUGAACACUCACAUGAGAGUCCACACAGGACAGAAACCUUUUGCCUGUGAGCUCUGUGAACAAAGAUUUAGUCUUAAAUCCACAUUAAACGAUCACAUGAGAGUCCACACAGGACAGAAACCUUUUGCGUGUGAACUCUGUGGAAAAAGCUUUACUCAAAAGACAACUUUAAACAGUCACAUGAGAGCCCACACAGGACAGAAACCUUUUGUGUGUGAGCUAUGUGGACAAAGAUUUAGUUUUAAGACAACAUUAAACAUACACAUGAGUGUCCACACAGAACAGAAACCGUUUGUGUGUGAACUUUGUGGAAAAAGCUUUAAUCGAAGGACAAAUUUGAACACUCACAUGAGAGUCCACACAGGACAGAAACUCUUUGCCUGUGAGUUAUGUGGACAAAGAUAUAGCUAUAAGAAAAACUUAAACAGUCACAUGAGAGUUCACAAAGGACAUUACAAAUAAAUUUAAAGUGCACUUUUACUGAUAAACAGUAUAAGUACGUGAGUAAAAAUGCUGUAGACAAGUGAGGUCAUUAUUUUAGCAUUUUUGUGCAUCUUAUGUAACCCUCCCACUGUCCCUUGAGGUCCACAUGGCAGGGGUGAGGAGUGAGCACCACCUCACCCCUGCCACGUGGACCUCAAGGGUAAACCAUCAACCCUGCUCAAUGGUCAACUUUCCUCGUGGGAUCACCCAUUAGGACAGUGGGAGGGUUAGAAUGUAAACAUUCAGCUUGAAACUGCUCAUUCUCCUCUGACCUCUAGCAUCAACAAGGCAUGUUCUCCCACAGGACUGCUGCAUACUGGAUGUUUUUCCCUUUUCACACCGUUCUUUGUAAACCCUAGAAAUGGUUGUGUGUCCAGACACACUGGAAAAGUUAAGGAAUCCUAUACCUGGAACACAUAUAUAAAGGAUUGGGCUUCAUCCCAUUUAAUAGAAUAGUCUCCCAAUUUGGAAUAGAUAAGAAUAGCUUUUUAGAAUAUCACCAAAUUAAAUCAAUAGUUAAACAAAAAUUUAAGUGUAAUAAAGUAGAAUUACAAACACCACCAAGGGUACUAGACUUCUGUAAUCUCAAACACCCCAAACUACAGUCCAAAAUUUAUAAGACACUGUCCAAAAUAGAUGAUAGAAAAGCAAUCCCUAUUGAAAAAUGGGAGAUGGGUCUAUCAGUCAGCUUUGACCAGAACUUCUGGUCCCAAACUUGGUUAAAAACUUUUAAAAUGAUCAGACACCCCAAUUUACAAUUAAUUCAAUUCAAAAUUCUGCAGAGUACACUAUACAGGUCAUCGGAUGUUCAGGAUGGGGUUUGUGUCGUCUGACACCUGUACACACUGCACACACAACAUUCCUGACAAUUACAUCCACGCACUGUGGUCCUGUCCACCUGUCCAGGAAUUUCGAGGUAGAGUAUGUGAAGACCUGUCAAAGUGUCUGAAAUGUCAUAUCCCAACUUCCCCCUCUCUUUGUUUGCUGGGAAACCUGGAUGACGUCCCGAUUGCUCCAUCUCGGUCUCUUCGCUAGCCGAGCAGGAACUUCUGGUGGUCCCCCGGUCGAGAUAUCGAUCGAGGGGUUAUCGUGCAUUUUCUGUUUUGGCUCCAACUCUGUGGAAUGAAUUGCUAUUGAGCAUUAGGCAGGCACCGUCCCUUCCAGUCUUUAAGUCUCGUCUGAAGACUCAUUUUUAUUUGAUUGCUUUUCAGCGCUAGGGUUCUUUGAAUUGCCCUGACAUUAUGGUUUUAAUUCUUCUUCUUUUUGAUCAGGAUGCUUGAUCUUGUUUUGUCCACCAAUUGUUUUUAAUUGAUUUGUCUUAUUCCGUUAUCUCUCUGUAUUUGUAAUAUUGUUUGCUUGAUAUUUUAUGAUUUUAUGUUUUUAUCUUGCUUUUAUGCCCAGGUACUGGGAAUGUUUUUAUGGUGAUGCUGUUCAGCACCUUGGGCUUCUAAAAAGCUGUGGAAGGUGCUCUGCAAAUAAAGUUGAAUUGAAUUGAAA